CUGUUCCGCGUUCCGCAUCAUCUCUGUUUCCAUCUACUCUUUAUACUGCCAUAGACUCAUUCAUUCAUUUGUCCAUACAUUCACUCCCACUCAGCAGCCACCACCCACCCUCGGCCGCCAUGACAGAAUCCGCAGGCCACUCCAGUCCACCCAUGUCCCCCGGCACCCAGCCUGCCGCCCAGCCGCCCGUCACCCUCAAACUCAAACACUCGAUGGCCGACCGCGCCAACUACUCUUCGUCUGAAGAGGAAGAGGAAGGAGAAGAAGAACAACUGGCAGAAGACAGACUUUCUACAUCUCCACCACCUAAAAGGAAAAAGCUCUCUUCCACACCUACCAAUUCAUCCGCAGCGUCAAAGGGAAAACAGAGCAUAAAACUUACUCUUGGACCUCAACAUGCCCAUCUACAACAGCCUUCCUCGUCCUCAUCGGCUUCUGCGGGCUCUGCGGCGAAUCAGGGCAAGAAAAGUUAUGACUGGCUACAGCCCUCUGCAGCUGGUGCUUCGCACAGCGGACCUCCCGAACGUGAGCGUGAACGCGAGCGGAGCGCACUCUCACCUGGUGACCUCCCCAGCGCACUCUCACCGGGAGACCUUCCCAUCCCAUCUGUCUCUGUCGCCUCUGCCGCCUCGGGCUCGUCGACGAAAAGCCUAGGCAUGUCGCCCGCUGAAGAAGCGAUUGGUGGUCUCCUCGAUGAGUCUGUUGAUGACAACACCAGCACCAACGACAACGGUGAUCCGUCUACUCUGAAAAAGGAAAAUCAAAGUGCACCGAAAGCGAAGCGGAGCCAUCAUAAGAAGAAGGCAUCUGAUGCACCCCCCGGGCCUGGAAGGAAUUGGAAGAAGGGCAUGAAAAAGGCCGCACCAGGAGCACCAGGGGUCAAGCUUGAGAAUGAGGGCACCCCGGCAAGUACGCCUGCGUUUUCAGCCAUCAGCCGUGAAACCUCGCCGGAUCCUCUCGGCCUUCCCUCCCCACGCCUCGCCCCCGACACCCAAAGUAUGACUAUAACUCCGGCUCCCGUUCCACUCCCUUCAGCUUCCUGCCCCCCGUCCCCGCCCUUCAUCCCGGCCGACCCCACCACCCUCGGCUUCCCCGUUUUCUCCCACCCCAUCGUCCCUCCCAAAAUCCAUCUCGGCACAUUCCCAAAAGUCACUUCCUUUUUCGCACCCAUCAACGGAGGCGAUUCCGGGCCCUUUCCGAGAAAAGAAAAAGUUAGGAGCUGGACGUUUCAGGAAAAGGGGAUUGUAGGUGUUGGCGGGGGUGUGAUGAAGUAUAAAUCUUGGGCAAGAGGCCCAACAUCUGAACUCGAACGAGCACUUCAAGAAGAAAAAGACGCGCAGACGCCACAACGGCAACCGAAAGCAGCCAAAGGCACCAACGCAACAUCCACCCCUGCACCUCAGACCGGUGCUGACCCCACUGCAUCUGCAUCUGCAUCCUCCACCCCCGCCCCUCCCAACGCUGCAAACGCAGCAGAUAUCACCACCGUCAAUGACGACCGCCCGAACGUGAGUAGGGCAGACUCGUUUGAUAUGAGUAUGAAUGCCAGUCCUGGUCCUCCGGGCGAUGAUGAGAGUGAGAAUGGAAGCGAGAUUGCGGGUCCGACGAGUACACCCCCUGCAGGUGGGAAGAAGAAGAUGGGAAGCGCUCCUGCGAAGAAGAAGGGGAAGACGCCAAAGUCGAAACUGGCACAGGAAAUUGUCAUCAGGGAGGAUAAUGAAGGCGCACCGGUUGAACAGGCGAUUGCAGAGUAAUUUUCUGGUUGGAUGAUAAUCUCUGUAACACGACACUUAUAGAUUACGAUGCAUAGUUGUACAAACAG